CUCAAUCAAUCUACUAACUAGAGGUACUAAAAACUAUUCAGAUUUCCCAAAAUGCCCCCUCACCGAGAUUCUUGGAAUCCCUAGCUUCAUAAAAUACUUAAAAUUUUCUCUAUUCAUUAGAAAUAGUCUUUCUUAUCCACCGAUGGCUACUGCGGCGCGUGCGACUCGCUGUGAACUGAGGACGACCCCGAAGUUGACACCGGGUCCAAGGUCGGAACCAGUCGAUGUUCCAGCGAGGAUCUCGGUCUCGAAACCUCCUCCGGCGAUGGAUUCGGACAACGCGAAGAUUGUUUUACAGCCUCGGCUUUGCACUCUGAGGUCGUACGGAUCUGAUCCGAUUGGGGUGGUGAUGAAGACUCGGUCGGAGGUCGGCGAUAAGGUUUCGCCGUUCUUUGCGACCUUAUCGGAGUACAUCGAGAGCUCUAAGAAGAGUCAAGACUUUGAGAUCAUCUCUGGUAGACUAGCUAUGAUAGUAUUUGCAGUAACUGUAGGCACAGAAGUGGUGACAGGAAAUUCAUUGUUUAGAAAAGUGGAUGUGGUAGGCAUAGAGGAAGCAGCAGGGGUUUGCUUGGCAGCCGUAGCAUUCGCAGCUAGUUUCGCGUGGUUUUCCAGCGCCCGAAACAAGGUCGGCCAGAUGUUCAGUCUCACUUGCAACACCUUCUUUGAUACUCUCAUUGACCAAAUCAUCGAUGGCUUGUUCUACGACCAAGUCGACUUCAACGACUGGUCCGAUGACAUAUAGAACACAUGAUAUAAAUACUUUUCUUUACACAGAAACUAUUAAGGACACUUCUCCACCAAAAACGUGUAUACUUAAUAUAUAUAUACAAUAUAGGUCCCAUAUAGUGAUCAUCAUAUAUAUAUGGUCGUAAAUCAUAUCACUAUUGAAUUUUAAUCGUCUGUGUUUCGUUUAUCAACUUAAUUAUGAGGGUUAGGAUUAGAAAGAAACUUAACUGUGAUGGGAAGGGAUUACAUAUGUUAUAUAUUAUUGAGAUAUAUUGUAUCCUUAUUUAUAAAAUAUAUAUUAGAUAUAUUUAUAGAAGUGCAUCGCACUUAUUUUUCACUGUCA